UCACUCAUUUGUUCCUACCGAGGGAUCAUCGGCGUGGAUUAGGGCUGAUUCAGGCAUUUAUGCCAAUGGGGAAGCACUUGAAGCUGGUGCGCAGGUUUGUCUUGCUGAUUUCCAUCGUUUCUGUGCAUUCAGAGUCGCGGACAUGGACGAUGUGGAGGAGAUCGUGACAUGCAUGGACGAGCACUCGGCUGAGCUUGUGCCUCCCUGCCUGGACCUGGUCGAGAGCAUCGCCCACAGCCUCGUUGCCUUGCACUCUGCAUGCGAUCAAGACCUCAAAGUCAAGUGUCCAGCUGCCAUCGGCGAAUUUCGCAAGGCUCGUGACUGCAUCCGCGUCAACCUGGCAGACUUGACCCACGAGUGUCUGUCAGAAGUCUCUUCCUUCAUGCAGGAAGUCAAACAGCUCAGAGGAUGGAAGACGGCUGGUUCCUCCUCUUCCUUUGGCGACAUGUUUCCACAUCAGCCUGCAAGGCUGAAUCAGGAUGAGAGCGAGACAAAGGGCUAUGGAAGCGGCUUUCAAGGUUCUCUUGCCUCCUUCUUGCUCGGGGGUUUAUCGAGCAUCAUGGUGCUCGCUGCCUACAUGUUUAUCAUCGACAUCCUCAAGCGCAGGCACGAGCAAUCUCUCGGGCUGCCGUCAGCAUGGGAUCACUCUCAGACCCCAGCAGCGUGCACCAAAUACUAGCUGCAGACUUCCAGCUUCCCAUCAACAGGGAACUUCAAAGGGGCGCACGUCCCCUGGUAUCCUCGAUCUACCCAACUCUCAGUUAGUCUACUUCAUCUUUGAGUGUAAUAUACACCCCUCCACCUUG